AUGUUAAAUAUUUUAGGAAAAAUAAACAAUAAAACUAAAACCAAUAGAAAAACUACAAAUAUGAAAAGUAGAAACUCAAUACUAAAAUCCGUAUCCAGUGAGUUAUUGUCUUACAUGAUAAGUAAAGAAAACUGCGGCAUUAGUUUGUACACUCAUAUUCAAACGUUAUUAGAUAUGUUUAUAUUUCAAAAUCCUAUACAGCCAAUAACAUAUUUUGAAUACUACAGUGAAAAUAUGAAGAUGCUCUAUCAGAAAUCACAAUCAGAUCCUGAUUUGAAUUUUUUGAAUAACAUUGACCUUGAUAUUUAUAACAAAAUAAUAGAAAUAUAUAAAGAUACUAUAUAUAAUGUUAGAGAGUAUAAGACAAGUAGCAUAUCCUAUAGGUAUGAAGUUGAAGGUGAAUAUGAUGAUGUACAAUACAAUGAAGAAAUGGAUGAGAUUAAUGUACAAGACUUAUCAAAAAUCAAUAAUAUCUUUAACAAAGCAGGAUGUGGCAUAACAAAUGAUGAAGUUCAUCUUAUUGGGAUAACUAUAGACCAAAUGUCACAACUAGGAAAAUUUAAAAAUAUUAGAUAUUGGGGUAAAAUAAUAGGUUUAAAACGUAACUAUUACAUUUUGGAGUGUGAUUGGAAAAAUAAAGAAUUGGAAUAUAAACUAACGCUCUUAAAUGAAAUAUUUAAUGCCAAUAAAAAACAAGUAUCACAUGAUUAUGAAAAUGAAAACGAAAACGAAAAUCAAGAAGAUGUAGAAUUAGAAAAAUAUAUUUUAUCUGAAGAAGAAAAUGGAUAUUUUUCCAGAACAACAUUAUCUGGUCUAAUUAGCAAAGAUAUUAACGGCGAAUUAGAGGGUUUCGAUUCUCUGAAAUCGGUAGAGUGUUCUUUUCCACCCACAGAACUCGGUAGUGAUGAUUAUUUAUCUCAUGAAUUAUUUGGUUUCGGAGCUAAUAAAAAGUCGUACUUUGUAACGAACCAAUUAAACGAUUCAUGGAUUGAGUUGCCACUUCUCAAGCCUCAUCAUAUUAUUCAAUCACGAGAUAUCAAACGAUAUUUUACAGGAGAUUUGGAGUCGCCUGUUGAAUCUUAUCCGUUAUUUCAAGGUUUGGAAAAACAUUAUCUCAGAGCUCAAAUUGCAAGGAUAACAGCUGCGACUCAAAUAUCACCACGUGAUUAUUUUGUACUCGACUACAAUUCAAAUUCAUAUAAAUGGAGGAAAUUAAACUCUUUUCAAUCGAAAGUGAUGUCACAGAAAUGGAUCCACGAGUAUGCAGUGAACGUGGAUUACAAUCCUCUGUCGGUAUACGAUUUAUUGGAACCGAGCAACUGGGUACAUCACACUCCCUCGAUAUCGGAAAAGGGAGUGACCCAGGCUUGGACCAAUAUUAUAGAGUCCGGAGAAGACUUACAACAAAACUCAGAUGGCAUUGAAUAUGGUUGUAAGAUGGGGAUGAACUUAGAAAUCGGCAGAGGAGACGGUGACCAACUGGACAUAUUUAGAAACCUGUCAAAUGACGCUUAUAUGGGUGAAAUGCCACCAUGGAAAUUCGAAUUGUCCAAUCGGUUUGACCACACGAAUACGUACGCGACCAUCCGGUCCAAUCUUUGGCCCGGAGCACACGCAGUUGCACGUGAAAACCUUUUGGAUUACACGUAUCAUGGUUGGGGCCACAAAUGGGGCGCCUUUAGUUUCACGGUCCAGCCGUUAAGUGGAUAUCAGCUGUCCAAUUCCUAUCAAGCCGAUAUCGGCCUGACCACCGAGAUCGGAGAUCCGACUCGCGAAGACGAAGUGAAGUAUUUAGCAAUAGUCAACAAGAGGAAGGAAAGACGUGCUCGUAGGAAAGUCAACGCCCUGCGACCGUUUUCUGCAGCAGACGAGGACGAGGAAAGAAUCCUCAAUCAACAUGACUACGAUUGAUGCUGGUAACGAGUGCCGUUGAUCGUAUCAUUAUUGUUAUAUUACCAUUAUUGGUAUAUAAAUAUAGGAAUUAUCCGCGUACAACGUUACACAAUAUACAAUACCUGCUUCCUAUAAUACCUAAGUAGUUUACCAACCUUCCAUGUAUAAUUGUGCUCGUUUAUUUAUAUUUUUUGUUUUAUAAUAAUUAUAAUCCUAUAUGGCUGUAUGAUGCAGCCUUGCAGUAGUAUUGGAAUUGCGUUUGUUUGAUUUAUCACUAAAAUAUUUUCUGUUGAA